AUGCCUGUCGUCAAUCCAGAGAAACUGGUCGCUUUGCAGCGGAAUCCAGACGGAAUCCGAAAUAUUUGCAUUUUAGCCCACGUUGAUCAUGGAAAAACCUCACUCACCGACGCCCUUAUCGCGACGAAUGGCAUCAUUUCUCCCAAAUUGGCUGGCAAGAUCAGGUAUCUCGAUUCCCGACCAGAUGAACAAAUUAGGGGCAUCACCAUGGAAUCCUCUGCGAUAUCUUUAUACUUCUCGAUGUUGCGUCGGUCGGCGCCAGAUGCUACCCCCGAGCAGAAGGAAUAUCUAGUCAACCUGAUAGACUCCCCGGGACAUAUCGACUUCAGCAGCGAAGUCUCGACCGCAUCCCGUCUAUGUGAUGGGGCUGUAGUCCUAGUGGAUGCUGUUGAAGGCGUAUGCAGCCAGACUGUGACGGUGCUUCGACAGACAUGGGUCGAGCACAUGAAGCCAUUGCUUGUCAUUAACAAAAUGGAUAGACUAAUUACAGAAUUAAAGAUGACCCCUGGAGAAGCCUAUAUCCAUCUUGAUAAAUUACUGGGACAAGUCAAUGCCGUCCUGGGGAGCUUCUUCCAAGGUGAGAGAAUGGAGGAGGACCUUAAUUGGCGCGAGAGAGUCGAUGAGAGGAUCGCUGCCGCCGCUGUUAAAGGAGCGGAGAAGGCAGGCAAGGAUAACCCGAAUGAUGCCAAUGGAAACUCCGUCGACACCGAAAAUCUCGCUGAGAAUCAAGAAUUUCAAGAGAAAGAUGAUGAAGAUCUCUACUUUGCUCCUGAGCGGAACAACGUCAUAUUUAGCAGUGCCAUUGACGGUUGGGCAUUCACCGUACGACAAUUUGCAAGUUUGUAUGAGAAAAAGCUAGGUAUAAAACGUACUGCUAUGGAGAAAGUUCUGUGGGGAGACUUCUACUUAGAUCCGAAGACGAAGAAAGUCUUGGCACAAAAGCAUCUGAAAGGGCGAAACCUCAAACCGAUGUUCGUGCAGCUAGUACUGGAGCAAAUUUGGGCUGUAUAUCAAGCUACUACUGGUGGUGACAAUGGGAAGGGUGAUCCUGUUAUGACUGAAAAAAUCACGAAAUCCCUAAACAUAACACUGCCACCAUAUGUUGUACGCUCCCGAGAUCCCCGCGUCAUUCUCACAACGGUCUUUUCCGCAUGGUUGCCUAUUUCCACGGCGCUCCUGGUCUCUGUGAUCGAAUCCCUACCCUCGCCUCCUGUUGCACAGGAAGCUAGACUCCCGGCUUUGAUCGAUGCCUCGCCCGGUGCCUCCUACGUUGACGCUCAGGUCAGAGAGGCGAUGGUCAAGUCAAAGACCUCCGCAGCUGACCCAGUUGUUGCGUAUGUCAGCAAAAUGGUCUCAAUACCGGAAAGUGAGCUACCUCAGAAUAGGCGCAGAGGCGGUGGUCUGAGUCCUGAAGAAGCCAUAGAACUCGGUCGCAAGAAAAGAGAGGAGAUUGCGCGAGCACGAGCUUUAGAAAAUAGCACCGCCGAAGAUUCCAUCAACGUCGUCUCUGACGCACUCGAAGCAGCUGGGCUCCAGGAAGCAACCCCCGACGAGGUGAAAGGUGACCCUGAGCAUCUAAUCGGGUUUGCAAGAAUCUACUCUGGAACAUUAUCUGUUGGUGAUGAAAUAUAUGUCAUCCCACCAAAGUUCUCUCCGGCGCAUCCGCAUAACAGCCCUGAACCACAAAAGGUCACAGUCAAGGCAUUGUACCUACUAAUGGGCCGUGGGCUCGAGCCACUUACUUCGGUGCCUGCUGGCGUGGUCUUUGGAAUUGCUGGUUUGGAAGGUCACAUACUAAAAUCUGGGACCCUCUGUAGUCAGCUGGAAGGCAGUGUCAACCUGGCUGGAGUCAGCAUGGCAUCUCAACCUAUUGUGCGGGUCGCGCUUGAACCGGUCAGCCCCGCAGAUCUCGAUAAGAUGAUCUCUGGCCUCAAAUUAUUAGUCCAGAGUGACCCUUGCGCCGAGUAUGAGCUAUUCUCAAGUGGGGAGCAUGUUCUACUGACUGCAGGUGAGUUGCAUCUCGAGCGAUGCUUGACAGAUCUUCGGGAGCGGUUUGCCAAGUGCGAGAUUCAGGCUGGUGAACCAAUUGUGCCAUACAGGGAAACAAUAGUUAGGGCGGAGGAGAUGAAGCCCCCUGCCAAUAAGGAACUUGGUAGAGGUACUGUCAUCGCAGUAACUACAUCUAAGCAAGUUACAAUCCGAUUGACUGUUCGGCCCCUACCCUCUGAAGUCAUUGAGUUUCUGGUCAAGAAUUCUAGCGCGAUCAAAAGGUUAUAUUCUGAACUCCACACGGUAGUGAAGAAGCAAUCCGAGGGCAGCCAAGAGCAAUCCGAGCAAGAAGAUAUCGACGAGGACGGUGUGGUCGAUUCUUCGAGGCUCAUGUCACUUGCAGACUUUAAAACGAAGCUUCAAGCCGCGUUCCAGGCUGCCAAAGGUCAACGAGAUAUUUGGGCCAAUUCUGUGGAGCAAAUCGCAGCAUUUGGGCCCCGGAGAACAGGUCCGAAUAUUUUAUUCGAUGCCACCAAUUCGAGCAUCUGUGGCAAAUUUCUUCGCGAUAGCUCUGCAGAAGAAACACAGCAAACCAUCGGUGAAACUUUACAAGCACGAGACUUCUCCGAUAAAAUCAGCUAUGCGUUUCAAUUAGCCACAGCAAAAGGGCCGCUCUGCGACGAGCCCGUUCAAGGAAUAGCGGUCUUCCUCGAAGAAGUAACCGUUAGCGCUUCAUCCGACGAUGGAUCCUCAGCACGAGAUACGCUUGGCCGGCUGACGGGCGAGGUAAUUAAAACCGUACAACAGGCCAUUAAGCAAGGCUUCUUAGAUUGGAGUCCGCGGUUGCUCCUCGCCAUAUAUUCUUGCGAGAUUCAAGCAAGCACCGAAGUCCUAGGUCGUGUUUACGACGUUCUAACCCGCCGUCGUGGACGCAUCCUCUCGGAAUCCCUCAAAGAAGGCACGCCAUUCUUUACCAUCCUCUCACUCCUCCCCGUCGCCGAAUCCUUUGGCUUCAGCGACGAGAUUCGCAAGCGCACCUCGGGUGCCGCGUCCCCCCAACUCAUCUUCCAAGGAUAUGAAAUCCUGGAUGAAGAUCCGUUCUGGGUACCUUUUACUGAGGAUGAUCUGGAAGAUUUAGGUGAAUUGGCGGAUAAGGAGAACGUUGCGAAGAGAUAUAUGGAUGGCGUGAGGAGUAGGAAGGGGUUGAUGGUUACUGGGAAGAAGUUAGUUAAGGAUGCUGAAAAGCAGAAGACCCUCAAGAGGUGA